AUGGACUCAACCAUUUCCGCGAUGCGGUCCUUUGGAGCCAUCGCACCCCUCUUGUUCACGAAUGUAGGCCUGCCUUUCGUCCUUGCCUGGGUUCUCUUCGCAGCGUGGAGGAAGGUCCAGAGCAUCCGGUCCGACAAGACAACGCGACUAAACGGACCUGCCAGCCAAAGCUUCAUCUUUGGCGUAUACCGACACACCAACGAGGCAGAGGACCCUGGAGCCGUGUACGAGGAGUGGGCGUUGCAGUACGGGCCUGCGUUCCGUGUUCCUGGUGGAUUUGGGUCAAGCCGGAUUGUCAUCUGUGACCCAAGGGCCAAUGCGCAUUUUUACUCCAAGGAGACGUUCGGAUACAUUCAGACCAAGCUAGCCAGGGUGUUCAUCGAGAACUUGUUCGGUCGUGGGUUACUUUGGGCUGAAGGAGAUAGCCAUCGUCGACAACGGAAGGCUUUGUCUCCUGCCUUCAGCAAUGCGGCGAUUCGAAAACUGAUGCCAGUCUUCUACGACGCCGCGCACAAGAUGAAAGCCAUCUGGGACUCCAUGCUCGACGCAGGAUCUGGCGAAGCCUCCAUCGACGUUCAGAUCUGGAUGAACCACAUUUCCCUCGACUCUAUAGGAAUCGCAGGUUUUGGGCACGACUUCCAUGCUCUCGAUGGGAAAGACUCCGCCGUCGUGAAAGUGUUCGAAUCCUUUGGGAGUGGCGACACCGGCUUCCUCUCACGCUUUGUGUUCUUGAUGGGCCCGGUAUUCCCAACACUACAAAACCUCCCAACGAAGCAAAACAGGAUUUUCAAGAGACUAAGGGAUACUAUGGGCGAGAUUGCGGAUGAUCUGCUUGCGAGGAAUAGGAGAGAGAGGGAAGAGAAACAAUUGUCAGAGGAGAAAUCGAUCAUUGGUCUUCUCAUCAAGGCUGAGACUACAAAUGGUACGUUCUCCACCCAAAAUUCCAUGCGUCUGCCCACUCAUUGUGACCAGAACGUGCUAUUGCUAGCAGGAUAUGAAACAACUUCCAUCAGCCUUACAUGGGCAUUGAUUGAACUAGCGCGCAAACCAGAGAAACAGCAAAAACUUCGGGACGAGCUUUCUCAGUUCGUUGGGGGCGAUCCCACUUUCGACCAGUUGUCUACUUCACUGCCCUAUCUGGACGCUGUUGCUCAGGAAGUUCUGCGACUGCAUCCACCUGUGAGAGACACGACGCGUGUGGCCGCAGAAGACGACGUCAUCCCCUUCAGCUCGCCUAUCAUGACCACAAACGGUGACAUCGUCUCCAACCUCGUCAUAUCCAAAGGCACCGUCAUCACCUCGCCAAUCACGUACAUGAACCGCGCAGAGGUGUUCUGGGGCCCUAACGGGAAGGAAUUUGAGCCUGAGCGGUGGCUUGAGAUGGACCGGUGUAGCAGGGCGAAGGAGAUCCAGGGAUACCGGCAUAUCCUGACGUUCUCGGAUGGACCGAGGACUUGUCUUGGGAAGAGUUUUGCGCUGACUGAAUUCAAGGCGGUCUUGUCAGUGCUGAUUCAGAAUUACAUCUUCGAUCUUCCGGACGGACCGGACACCAAGAUCGAAAAGCAUCCCUCCAUUCUACCGCGGCCCAAGGUCGCUGGGCAGAAAGGCGCUAAAGUACCGAUGAAAGUGAAGCGCGUGGAGUGA